GAGUACGUCAGAGAGGCAAAACGAGGACGCCGACGGCGACUGCCACGUCACGGCCCCACGACUGUGACGCCCUUUCGGUGGAUUCCAUCACUUUUCAAUUCCAAUUCUCUUCUUUUUAAUUCUCCCUUUCCACCGUCUCUCCGCCGCAUCCCCUUAAUUUCUACUCCACAAAAUGGACUCUUCCGCCCCCGCCGCCGCCUCCGGCUAUCUUCUCCGGCAGUCGUCUUCUUCCAGCCACCACUUUCUCCACCUCUUCUCAUCCCCGCCGCCGUCCUCCUAUCCUCCUCCCUCCGACGCCGCCGCCAGCGACGAGUUCAACGAAUCAGAGGUCUUCUGGACCGGCGAUUUCGCCCUAUCCAAUAACCGUCAGUUCCGCUCCAGAAUCUCUAGAGACGAUGGCGGCUCCAGUUCCGGAAAUUCAGGCGUUCUCGCGGCGUUAACCGAUGACUUCGAUGGCGAUCGCAAACAGAGAGUCGGAAUCGGAACGGUUCUGACUCGAGGAAAUUCGAUUUCGGCAGCGAUAUCCCCCUCCUCGUCGCGAUCGAUUCCCAGGCCGCUGCAGAAUGUCAGAGAAUACUCUCAAUCCGUGCCUUCUUCGAGAAAGUUUCAGCAAUCGGCUCCGAUUAACGUGCCUGCGAUGAGGAAACAGAGGAACGGCGAUAUUGUUGCGGAGGAGGAGGAGAUGCUGCCGCCGCACGAGAUCGUGGCGAGAGGCUCCGGCGUGUCGCCGAAAACCACGUUCUCGGUGCUGGAAGGCGUAGGGAGGACUCUGAAAGGGAGGGAUCUACGCCGAGUAAGAAACGCCGUAUGGCACAAAACAGGAUUUCUUGAUUGAAUUCGAUUCCAAUAGAUUUUGAUUUUGAUUUCGAUUUGGAUUUACAUUUUCCCCCGAUCUGAAGGGGAAGCGUUCUGUGUUUUUCGGUUGGGAUGCUCUCCUCUGUUCAAUCAUUAAUUCUCUGCUUAGUUUUUCCCCAUUCUUCUUCUUUUUCUUCUUCUAGGGUUUAGUUGUUAAGAAGUGAACUAAUGGGAUGAAUGAACUAUAGAAUUUUAAUGGUUUUUGAGUUCUUGGUGUCUGUAUCUGAAGGGUUUUCCUGUAGAUUUUGAUUAGUUGGGUGUGUUUAGACAAUCAUAAGGUUCAAGAAAUUUCAAUUUUAGUAUCAAAUUUCUU